AUGUCAUCACCAGAGUAUCAUACACUGUUUAGCGUAAAUAUUAUACCUAUCGUCCGGGGGAAGAUAACCAUCGAAACCACACCUUUGGAAAACCUGUUGGCAACAAGUAACCUAGUUCUCCGGCAAGUCUGGAAUAGAACUGUGGCAGAUGUCGUUGCACAAUACACAGGUUUAACAGUGCCGCAAUUGGGAUGUCUCUAUGGCUGGGAUCAAGUCUUCCUUAACUUCAUUAAUACAGCAACAUGGAGCGAUGUCAAUGCGUUCCGACUUUGUAGCGAGUAUGAGAAAUUGACACUUCAUCGAAUCUUGGUUCAACUUUCAACAGCACCAGCAGUGAAUUGCUGUACGUAAUCAGUAUCAUUUUAUUUUACAGUAGUAUUUACGUUGUAGAAUUGAACUGGGAAAAAUUCUUGAAUAUUGAAUAUGUUUGGAAGUUAACAAUGUACGUACGUGAACGUUCAAUAUCGCCACCCUCUUUUUGCUUAUUUCCGAUUAUCUUGUUUUUGGGGUAAUGUUCAUUUAUAUGCACGAGCGAUACUCACCAUAUCUUUUUACAUAACUAAAAUAUAUGUAUAUUAUAACAAUAUCAUAAUAAUAUCUUGAUUUUUUUUCAGUUGGAACUAUCUCUUUAUCGUCAAGUACUUACGAUGUCAGGGAAUCGGACGCGAUCGUUGUUAUUUUUGUUCAGUUGCUUGGUCAUGUUGACGAUGUCAUUCAAGUUAGGUAAGCAAGGCAAUGUUUAAAGAUGAAGUGAUACUACUAGUGUCUACAAUUUCUGUUGUUUGCCUUAAAAAUAAUUAUUCAGCUCAAAACAAAACAUUUCAUUUCUCAUGUAAUUUCUAAAGAAUAUGAGGCUUCUCUUAAUGUGAACAAAAAUAGCAAAACAAAUAUUAUAUAAAUCCCAAUCCAGUAAUCACAAUAAAAAUUAAUUAAAGUUCUUAAUUAUUAAUAAUCUGAGUAAAUAAAUAAAAUCAAUUAAUUUUUAGUUUAUCGGUUACUCCCGUGUAUACCGGAUACCAAUGUAACAUUCCAAGCUGGAGAAACUGGACAGAAACCAGUAAUUAUCAACAUACUUGA